UGCUUCCUUGCCGGAGAAGCAUUUAUGGAGUUCAUUUUAGUUUGGAUUUAGUUAUUGAUAUUAUGCUUUUCUUGGCUUAAUUAGCAAUUAUUGAUUUCGAAAUUGAUAAUAAUUUACAUGCAACAAUUUUUAUAUGUACUGUAAUUAUGUAUAUGUUUUGCAUAUGAGCGGUGAGGGUGAUGAUAAUAAAUUAAAUUUUCUUAUUUAAUACCACGAAAUAAUUCACAAAACAGCCUACGGGAAUAUAAUGUCUAUGUCAAAACCAUGUGCGCGUGUAACUUGUCAAUGUCAAAAACCUAACCUGUAAAAAGCCCAUGAAAGGAAAUUUGCUGUAGCAGUGGUGUUGUUAAUUAGUGUAUUAAACUGUUUAAAUGUAAAUAAAUAAUAAUAGAUAAAAAAAUGGCCAAAGUAAAGAAUAAGCGUAAUGCUGGACUUGCUGAUAAAGUUCACCAUAAAAAGAAAACAGAAGGUGUCAAGAAAAAAUUGAAUCCCUUUGAAGUGCAUAUAAACAAGGAAAAAUUAAAAGUUUUGGGUAAGAAAUCCAAACAUGACCGUGGAUUACCUGGAGUUUCACGAGCCAAAGCCAUUCAAAAGAGAAAAGAAACGUUAGGGACUGAAAUGAAAUUAAUGAAUAAGACUAAUGCGUUUAUAGACAAACGUAUUGGUGAAAAGAACAAUCAACUCUCCUCCGAAGACCGUAUGAUUGCUCGCUUUGCUGCUGAAAGGGUUAGGCAGCACAGUAAAAAGAAUAUCUACAAUCUUGCUGAUGAUGAAAUAUUGACACAUAGGGGUCAAACACUAGAACAGAUAGAGAAAUUUGAUGACCCACGAUCAUCAGAUGAAGAUGAUGAUGACGGAAGAAAAUUUGGAGGCUUAGAUGAUGAUUUUGUGUCGGAAGGCCAUUUUGGAGGUGGUACUCUAUCUAAAACAGAUUCUAAGGAUGGUGCAAAAUCACAUAAAGACCUCAUAGAGCAACUCAUAGCAGAAUCCAAGAAAAGGAAAGCUGAAAAGCAGAAAGAGAAAGAACAAACUUUAGACUUGACAGAGAAGUUGGACAGUGAAUGGAAAGACCUUCAACCAGUGGUGUUUAAGAAGGCUAGAGUAGAAGAAAAGAAGGAAGAAUCAAUCAUAGACAAAGUAUUAAGUCGGGCAGAGAAGAAGUGUCAGGACUAUGAUAAGAUGAUGAGAGAACUGAAGUUUGAAAAACGGGGAACUCCCUCAGAUGCACUGAAGACUUCGGAGAAGGAAGCUAAAGAAGAAAAAGAGAAAUUAGAGAAGCUGGAGAAAGAAAGGGAAAAGAGAAUGUUAGGUGAUGAUGAAUUUUUGCCAAAAUCAACCACACCCAAACAUAGGUCAGCGGAUGAUUUGGAUGACAAUUUUGAAUUGGAUGAUGAUCAGAAUUUUAUGUUGGCUUAUGAUAAAGAUGGAAAGCCAUUGGUGCCUGAAGAAAUAUUGAAGGAUUAUUCUGUACCAAAUGCAAAACCCAAAUUCAAGGAUGGCAUUUCUGACUCUUCUAAUGAUGAAGAAGAUGAUGAAGGUAGUGAGGAUAAUGGGAAUAACAGUGACGAAGAAGAUGAAACUGAUGAUGAAAAAGAAGAAGGAAAUGAUGUGGAACAAAAUGAUUCCGAAAGUGAAGAAGACACAAGUGAAGAUAUGAGUCAAGAAGAUAAAGUUAAGCCAAACACUAGCAGAGAAAAUGAAAACGAUUUGAAACUCAAAACAAGUGAACAAACUAGUAAAAAAAAUAAAUUCAAUGAUCAGAAGCAAACAAAAGAAAAUUUAAUGGAUAAAAGUGGAAACAACUCAGAUGAUUCUGAUAAUGAUGGAGAUUCAGAAAAUAAUGAAGAUGAGGAUAAAGAAAGUGAUACAUCCGUCAAUAAUAAUAAAUUUGACGAUUUCAAAGAUCUCAAGGAGUCAGACGAGGAGAGCGGUGAUGAUGUUGAUGAAUCAGAUAAACAAAAAAUAUCUUCCUUUUUUGAGUUGAAACUAGCUGCAGGUGAUAAUUUAAAGGAAUUGUUAACAGGAAAGACGCCAUCACAGCAAUCAACUGCACUUCAAAAACUAAUCAAGAAUUACGAUCCAAGCUUAGCUGAAAACAACAAAGAAUUACUCAGUAGGCUAUAUGCUCACAUGCUCCAAUAUAUUAACGAUACAUUCACUGACUUAAAAGACGAAGGGGAAUUAUUAAAAGCGUUCCUCAUCUUUGACAAACUUGCUCCACAUUUCUACGACUUAGCUCACACGAACAAAGUUUCCACAAAGAAAUUUAUCGUCGAACUAUUAAAAGAGAAACACAACCGUUUCCUCAAGAAAAUAAAAGUGGUACCUGAUUUGGAUACUCUAAUUUUCUUUAAGUUGGUAUCCUUAGUGUAUCCGACGUCCGAUUUCCGGCACCCAGCCACGACGCCAUCUUUACUUUUCAUGUCCGAAAUCUUAGCUCAGUCUAGGUUCAAUUGCCCUUAUUCAAUAUCCAGAGGUUUAUUUAUAACCUCGCUUAUUUUAGAAUAUACCGUUUUGUCAAAAAGGCUUGUACCAUCUGCCAUUAAUUUCAUCCGAGGUGUUUUGUAUUUGUGCGCGAACACGAGUAUCUUAAAUCCUAUCCAAGUAGUGCCACCCUUCCGUUUACAUAAAGAUGCUAAACUUUUAAAUUUAGCUAACGACUGUUCUAAAAUGGCGGUCAGCAACAAAAUGUCGGCGAAGGACUUAGUUACGAAAGAGAUAGACGACGAUUUUAAAAUACGAUGUUUUAGUACAAGUAUAGAUAUGUUGAAAGAGUAUUUCGAUUAUUUCACUGAUUUAGAAGCUCAGAAAUGUUUAUUUGAACCCCAUAUAGCCCUCAUUGGUAGGAUAGACCUAGAUUUGUAUCCUAAGAAAGUAGCCACGAGAGUUGCACAGACUGUUAAGUACAUGAAGGAAACUUUCGAAGUCAAGACGUUCACGCCUCUAACAGGGGAGAAGAAGAAAAUUAAAAUGCUAAGGAUGUAUGAGCCUGAUGUUCAGGAAGUUUUCACUGGCAGUAAGUGUGCCAAGCUCUCAAGAGAGAAAGCAGAGAGUGCCCGACUGCAAACCAAAUAUAAGAAAGAAAUGAAGGGAGCUCUAAGAGAAAUUAGGAGGGACAAGGCCUACAUUGGAUCUGUGAAGAUCAGGGAGAAACUGCAAAGUGACAAAGUAAGAAGAGAUAAGGUGAAACAAAUUUACAAGGAAGCUUCUAUUCAGCAAGGAGAACUGAACAAAUUGAAGAGAAUAAAAUGACCCUAGUGGUACAAUUGUAAAUAUGUCUUAAUAAAAUAAUCGACCUAUUAUAUUUUCGACUUUCAUUUUUAGGCUUUGAUACAUAAAUGGUGAUAAUAGAAUUCUGUUACUAAAUAGCACACCCAGAGAAGUCAAUUAACAUUUAAGUUUGAUUAAAGUUUAUGCUGUCACUUUCUUUGGAAUAAGAAUAGAAUGAGGCAAAGACCACGUAACUUUAAUGAAUCACAAAAUUUUGGUGUACAACUGUAAGACUCCGUUAUAUGUCCUUGUGUUAAUGCCACAUGGACCAUAUAAAAUCAUUAUCAUCAGCUUAGGUCUCAACUGUUUUCUCUAUGAACGUAAGAGUAGGGUGGAUUGACCAGGAAGUUGUACCUUCCGUGAACUCAGACCGAACGAGCUAACCACUGCU